ACAUAGACAGAGAGAGACCCGGCUGGUGGGCGAGAUUAUGAUAGAUGUGACAGAGACAGAGAGAAAGUUCGUCGUGCACAGUCAGAUGUGAGGCACUAACUUCCUCGUAUGCAACUAGAACGCACCCUUCAACUCAUUCUAUCUGAACUAUAAUCCCGGGAUGGAAGAGCCGAUAUAAAAGAAAAAGGAGUGUUUUUCUAAAGAAUACAAAUAAUUCAGCGUUGAGGACCAAAUAGCAGAACAUACGUGGAAUAUACAGCUGGUUGGAACGAGGUUCUUCCACUAUGGGCUGUGUGGGGUCCAAGGAGCAGCAGGAUCCCAGCAGCAAAGGUGUGGUCAAUGGUGACUCUCUCAACCAGACUCAGACAACCCACUACGUCAAAGACCCCACCACAGGGACCAAGGCUAACAGAACCAUCACCGUUGCCCCUCCAGUCCCCUCUAAUGGUACUGAGAGCAUUGCCAUUGCACUGUAUGACUAUGAGGGUUUAAAUGAUGGAGACCUGGACUUCAAGAAGGGAGACAAGCUUAAAAUCUUACAGGAAUCUGGAGAAUGGUGGAGAGCACAGUUAAUUAGCACAGGCAAGGAAGGCUACAUCCCCAAUAACUAUGUAGCCAUAGACAGACUUGAAACCGAAGAGUGGUUCUAUAAAGGAGUGAGCAGGAAAGAUGCAGAGAGGCAGCUGCUAGCAUCAGCAAACAAAACGGGAUCGUUCAUGAUCCGUGACAGUGAGACCACCAAGGGCAGCUACUCCUUAUCCGUAAGGGACAGUGAUUCCCAAUCAGGAGACACAGUCAAGCAUUACAAGAUCCGUACACUGGAUAACGGUGGCUUCUACAUCUCUCCACGCAUCACCUUCAACAACCUGCAGGAACUGGUCAGCCACUAUAAAAAGCAGGGAGAUGGACUGUGCCAGGCCUUGACCAGCCCCUGCCUCAGUCCCAAGCCCCAGAAGCCCUGGGAGAAGGAUGCCUGGGAGAUCCCUCGGGAGUCCCUCAAACUUGAUAGGAAGCUCGGGGCUGGCCAGUUCGGAGAGGUCUGGAUGGCUACAUACAACAAGCACACCAAGGUGGCAGUGAAGACCAUGAAGCCUGGCACCAUGUCAGUGGAGGCUUUCCUGGACGAGGCAAACCUGAUGAAGGCCCUGCAGCACGACAAGCUGGUCCGUCUGAACGCUGUGGUUACUAAAGAAGAACCCAUCUACAUCAUCACAGAGUUCAUGGAAAAGGGCAGUUUGCUGGACUUCUUGAAGAGUGAUGAGGGCAACCGUGUGCAGCUCCCCAAACUCAUUGACUUCAGUGCACAGAUUGCAGAAGGAAUGGCCUACAUUGAGCAGAGGAACUAUAUUCACCGAGACCUGCGAGCUGCCAACAUCCUGGUCUCGAAGGCUCUGGUGUGCAAGAUUGCUGACUUUGGCCUCGCCCGAAUCAUCGAGGACAAUGAGUACACAGCCAGGGAAGGAGCAAAGUUCCCCAUCAAAUGGACGGCCCCAGAGGCAAUCAACUUUGGCUCCUUCACCAUCAAAUCAGAUGUCUGGUCCUUUGGCAUCCUACUGACCGAGAUCAUCAGCUAUGGACGCACACCAUAUCCAGGUAUGACAAACCCAGAAGUGAUUCGCUCUCUGGAGAGCGGCUACCGCAUGCAGCGCACCGACAGCUGUCCGCAGGAGCUCUAUGACAUCAUGUUGGAGUGCUGGAAGAACAAGCCCGAGGACCGGCCCACCUUUGAGUAUCUGCAGAGUGUCCUGGAGGAUUUCUACACUGCAACAGAGAGCCAGUACCAGCAACAGCCAUGAUCCAGAAUGAUUCAGGCAGAUACCUACUCUCUUAUACUCUUAUACAAAUGGACAUGUGUACAGACAAACCUACAGAGAAAAAAGGGGAUCUGAACAUGUUUCAGAUGGUUCCUUAUGAAAUAUGGCAUUUACUGUAACUUAGUGAAGUAUGACCUAACAAAUUUAUUACAGUGAUUCGUGAAAUGGCUGAGUGUAAGGCGUUUUCAACAUUUUUAUUUAUUUAUAUUUCAUUUGCAUAUCGUGUUGGGUGACUUUACCUUCCCUUCCCCUUUGUAGUUAGCUCUGCCAGUCCUAUUUGUUUGUUUGUUUGUUGUAUGAAUUAACUGUGCUCUAACUAUGUUUUUGAUUUUGCUUUGCAUACACGCCCAGAAAAUGCACAAAAUGAGAAAUAAAAAAAGAUUUGUACAUUUCCUAUG